AUGGAUAAUUAUGAGAUGAGAUCCUUCCGAAUGAGGAGUAUACAGGUUCCAGAAGUGAGGGCAGAUCAACAAAGGGCUUUCAUAGGCUACCACUGUAAAUUUAACCAGAUUACAAGAUUCGAUUUUACAAAGCUACAGUAUUUGGAAAAUUUUUGUGGGAGGAAUAAUGGAUGCUGGUGUGAAGAAUAUAAAGGAUCUUCAAUGUUUGGUCUGACACAAUUAGUGUCUUUAAACAGUUUAAGACGGUUGAGGACUAGAUGAGAUGGGAUGAGAUGAGAGAUGGAGAUUGAAACUGUUUGAGGUUUGUUUACUUUUAUUAUGGUAAUGUAGUUUGUAAAUACUUUUGUCUGUCUGUCUGUAUCUGGAAGGGAAAAAGAGAGAGAGAUUCUUUUAUUUGUAACUACAGCAACUUGUAAAUUUUUCUUAUUUUAACAUUUAUAAUUUCAAUUUUUUUUUUC